CUCCCUGCUUCUGCCCGAGGGCGGUCCGGAGGCCAGCAGCGCCUGCGCGGGCGCUGUCCUCCUUCAGGGUCGAGGAUGCGCGCGCAGCGCUUUCCGCCUCCCGGAAGUUUACGCGGGACAACUGCAAGGGUGAGUUGUUCUACCCGCGAAGGGUCGGAGAAUCUGGCCGCAGAUAGCUGGCUCCCAACUUCGCUCACCAAGUCUAGAGGACACUUUUAAGAUGGAGUAUCCAGCCCAGGGAGUCUGAGGGCCAGACUGUGACCCCAUAAAGCAUGAUUGCCUUCUGUCCAGACUGUGGCAAAAGUAUCGAAGCAGCAUUCAAAUUCUGCCCCUACUGCGGGAAACCUUUGCCUGUGGAGGAGCAUGAAGAGUGCCAGCCCUUUGUCCCGCCGCUUACGUCAUCCCUCCGAGGCUCAAGGAGAAAGAGGAGCGCCAGUUCUGAAAGCUCUUCCAAGAAAGUGAGAUGGUCCAGCACUGUCACCUCCCCCUCGUCAUCCCUCUUCUCUGAUGGUGACAGUUCUGGGUCUGAAGAUCCCUUGAGACCCAGUGAGAGACCCAAAGGGUCCUGGAGCAGACCCCCAACCCCCAGAAGCAGCCCAAAGGCAACCAGGCAAAGCCCACAGGCGACCAGGCAAAGCCCACAGGCGACCAGGCAAAGCCCUCAGACGACCAGGCAAAGUCCUCAGACCCUGAAGCGGAGCCGGGUGACAACCUCCCUUGAGGCUUUGCCCACAGGCACGGUGGUGACGGACAAGAGUGGGCGGCACUGGAAGCUGGGACCCCUCCAGACCAGGGACAGCCAGGGCAUUCUCUAUGAAGCCGAGCCUGUCUCCACCUCCGCCUGCAAGUCAAGUCCCCAGAAACAAAGAUUCUCACUUAAACUAGAUGCCAAGGAUGGGCGCUUGUUCAACGAGCAGAACUUCUUCCAGCGGGCGGCCAAGCCUUUGCAAGUGAACAAGUGGAAGAAGCUGAACUCGACCCCGCUCCUGGCCAUCCCCACCUGCAUCGGUUUUGGCAUUCACCAGGACAGGUAUAGGUUCUUGGUGUUUCCCAUCCUGGGGAGGAGCCUUCAGUCGGCCCUGGAUGACAGCCCAAAGCAUGUAAUGUCGGUGAGGUCUGUGUUCCAGAUGGCCUGCCGGCUGCUGGAUGCCCUGGAGUUCCUCCAUGAGAAUGAAUAUGUCCAUGGAAACGUGACAGCGGAGAACAUCUUCGUUAAUCCAGAGGACCUGAGCCAGGUGAUGCUGGGAGGCUAUGGCUUCACCUUUCGCUAUGCCCCCGGCGGCAAACAUGUGGCCUACGUGGAAGGCAGCAGGAGCCCACAUGAGGGGGACCUCGAGUUCAUUAGCCUUGACCUGCACAAGGGAUGUGGGCCCUCCCGCCGCAGCGAUCUCCAGACCCUGGGCUACUGUUUGCUGAAGUGGCUCUACGGGAUCCUGCCUUGGACAAACUGCCUUCCCAACACUGAGGAGAUCAUGAAGCUGAAACAGAAGUUUCUUGGCAACCCGGAGGCCCUGGUGGGACAGUGCAGUCGCUGGAUCAGCCCCUCAGAGACCCUGCAGGAUUACCUGAAGGUGGCGAUGGCGCUGAAGUACGACGAGAAGCCACCCUACGCCAUGCUGAGGAACAAUCUAGAAGCCCUGCUGCAGGACCUGCGGACGUCAGCCUACGACCCCCUGGACCUGCAGCUGUUGCCAUAGAACUUUCGAUGCAAGGUUUGAACUAGAAAAAAAACCCAGACAAGAAAUGUGACUCAAGGCCUGCUGUAGUAUCACAGAUAUGCUUCUAGAAGGAUCCCUUGAAUGUGCAUGCCUGCUGCUUCUUUAAGCAACACUAUGAAUCAGUCUUGAUUAGCGUCAGGGAACCCAGCAGUUAGGCUCCAGAUAAUGUGAAUUCCUCCUUUCGACCGUCCCUUCCUUUCAGCCAUCAUCUCCCGCCGGCCUCUGUGGUUGUGGACAGAGAAGACCCCGGCUCAUGGCCGGGGUGAGGCAGCCCCCUCGGUGGGCACCCUUCCUGCUACCGUUGGCCCCACUAUGCUUUGGCAAUAAAUUGUUUCAUUGGAGCUUGGAGA